CGAUUAAAAAAUUGAAGGCAUGAGCUUUCUUCGCCAUAACUCAGAGCGUAAAAGUUCACAAAUGGCUAACAUUUUCCUUCUACCAAUUCUCUUCCUAGUCAUCUUUCUUCUUCUUGCCGCCUUUAAACGUCCAAAGCGGCUACAACAUCGACCAAUACCUUCUCCUCCUACGUGGCCUAUCAUCGGAAACUUACACCAGCUUGGUGAAUUGCAACAUCAGUCUUUAUGGAAUCUCUCAAAGAAGUAUGGUCCAGUGAUGCUUUUAAAGCUUGGAAAAGUCCCAACGGUCAUACUCUCUUCCUCUGAAACAGCAAGACAAGCUCUAAGAGACAAUGACCUCAACUGUUGUAGCCGUCCUCCACUGGCAGGGGCAAGAGAACUCUCUUACAACAAUAAAGACAUGUCUUUCUCUCCGUACAAUGAUUACUGGAAAGAACUAAGGAAGCUAUGUGCUCGGGAACUCUUUAGUGCUAAACAAAUUCACUCGUUUCAACCCAUCAAAGACGAGGAAAUAAAGAAAGUGAUUGCUCAGAUCUCUGAAUCAGCUUCUCUUAAAAAUCCGGUUAACUUAACCAAGACGUUUCUUGCUUUAACUGUAAGUGUGGUAUGUAAGGCAGCAUUUGGUGUGAGUUUUGAGGGAACUGUGCUUAGCAAUGACAGAUUCAACAAGUUAGUCCGUGAUGCAUUCGAGACGUUGGGAAGCUUCUCUGCCACAGAUUUUAUUCCGCACGUUGGUUGGAUCAUCGACCAGUUCACGGGUUUACAAAAGAUGAGAGAGAAAAGCGUGCGAGAUUUGGAUGCUUUCUAUGAACAGUUGUUUGAUCUGCAUAAAGAGGGAGAUAGACAAGGGCGUGAAGAUUUUGUGGACAUGCUCUUGAGGUUUGAGAAGGAAGGAACUGUUGUUGGAACUGACAACCUCACAAGAAAUCAUAUCAAAGCAAUCUUGAUGAACAUUCUUUUAGGAGGAAUCGACACAUCUGCAAUUACAAUGACAUGGGCAAUGGCUGAACUUGCUAGAAACCCUAGAGUGAUGAAGAAACUUCAAACCGAAAUCAGAAGCCAAAUCAAGAACAAAGAAAGAAUCAGCUUCGAUGACACAGAUCAGCUCAAAUACCUGAAAAUGGUGAUCAAAGAAACAUGGAGGCUACAUCCUCCAACACCACUUCUACUUCCAAGAGAAGUAACCUCGGAGUUUGAGAUCGGCGGCUACACGAUUCCCGUCAAGACACGUCUUCAUGUGAAUGUCUGGGCUAUUGGGCGUGAUCCGGAUACCUGGAAGGAUCCAGAGAUGUUUGUCCCCGAGAGGUUUAUGGAUAAUAACAUUGAUGCAAAGGGACAAAACUUUGAGCUGUUGUCGUUUGGGAGUGGUAGGAGAAUCUGUCCUGGAAUGUACAUGGGGACGACUUUGGUGGAGUUUGGUCUGGCGAGUCUAUUGUAUCAUUUUGACUGGGAGUUACCUGAAGGCAUGGUGGUUGAAGAUGUCGACAUGGAGGAAGCGCCUGGGCUUACCGUGAGCAAAAAAAGUGAGCUUCUACUUGUUCCCGUGAAGUACUUAGAUCAGUGAUCACUUAAAAGUAAAUUCUUCAUCGAUUGUACUUAUAUAUAGAACAAAAUCUAUCUUUAUCUGAAAAACUUGUAUCGUGUGAUAGUUCUGAAGUUUGGAAAAGUCUCAAUGCUGAUGUCAUGUUCUUCCUGUCAAACAGCAAGACAAGUUGUGAGAAUCCAUGGUAUCCACUAUUGUAGGUUUGUAGCCGUCCAAGCUUGACCUAUACUAAAAUUUAUGAUUUGUAUUUCUCGA